UGAGCGAACACAUCGCCAUGGCAUCUGGAAGCUCAUCAGGACAGUCCGGCUUCAGGCUGGGCCGGAGCAAGAAGAGCCCCGGUGUACUGGACCAGAUUGGGAAGUUCUUUGGAGGGGACAAGAAAAGGAAGAGCAAGGGCUCCUUCCGUGGUGCCCUGUCCGCUUCUCCCCAGAGGGCGGCUCAUUCUUCCCCUCGUCGUCGUGGUGAUGGGAGCACUGUGGCGCAGUUCUUUAGGUCCAUCGUGUCUCCUGCCCCUCGCAAGUCUAGGUGGCGUGCUCUCACAACAAAGCUAGGCCUGGGAGACCAGAAGAGUCAUGGCUCGGCUAAGACCCAGAAAGGGCGCGCUAGCGACGGCCAGGGAACCCUGACCAAGAUCUUCAAAAUGUGACGUGAAUCCUCAUCAGGAACAGGAGGAAACCGCGCUGCCUCACCAUCCAAACGCUGAGCUCCCACAUUUUUCUCUCAUUUGAAGAUUAGGAUCUGAAAGAAGAAAAAGAAGAGGAUGGAAAAGUUUUUUUUGACUUACACCUUUUCCUGCUCUUAUCUCCUGCGCUAACAAGCUCGUGCCUCUCUGCCCUAGUUAUGGCAGGGCUUUAUGUAAAUUGUACCUUCUCAUUUGUUCCACCCAGCUCGGCCAGUCCCCCCACCCUCCUCGAAUGUUACUGUCUUCGUCUUACUGACCUCCAGCCUUAACCUGCCUGGACCUUAGAGGCGUGUGCUCCCGCUGCCCUCCCAGAGUGUCUGUGGCUCUGGCUUUGUCCAGGCUGCUUCCGUUUUGUGGCCCUGUUUACGUCCCAUCUCUGUGCUCUGCACAAACACACACACACGAGUAACGCGUUUUCUCCGCGCAGCUAGUGGUGAACAUAUAUAACAGUCUUUAGGAGCUUGUCUACCAUUGCUUAUAGAGUGCAUGUGUUGCCACACAUGGCUUUAUGUCUGUCUCCCUCUGUGUGAUAUGGUCUUGUCUGAAAAUUGCUUUCCUUGCUGUGUCUCAUAGGAUCUGCCACUGGCUGUGGACCACAGUGUUUAGAAAUAUGAAACUACCCAACAAUCAAACUACCUGUGAAUAACUGAAUUGUUUUGUCUCUUGUCUUGAUGUUCAUAAUAAUCAUUGGGCUAAACUCUAAUAACAAAUCUGUAAGGAAGUGAUGAAUUAGAUUUGGCUGGAUAUGGAUUAACUGAGUAAGCUUCUGGGUUGCACUGGAAUGUUUUCUGACUAGGGCAAUCCAGCUCACCUGCACAGUGGCUGCCUCAAACUCUUCAACCCUGCCUCAAACUGUUACACCCUGCCUGAAACUCCUGGACCCUCUUUUACCUGCCUCAAACCAUGCCUCUUUACCUGCCUUGAAACCUGCCUCAGACUCCUGAACCUUGAUUUUUUUCUACCUGCCUCAGACCUCUAAGCCCUGCUUCUUUUAAUAGCCUCAUUUCAGCUUAUAGAACAGAAUAAACCCUGUACAAACUCAAACAGAAAGUCUAUACAGCUAGCAUAUGCAAAGCCAUAGAGGUUUUCGUGUUUGUCAGUAAGCCUGCUAAUCAAAUGAUGGGAAUCAUUAAAAAUGCAAAAAGGA